ACACACCUAUAUAAGCAAAUAGAGGUCCACACAGUUGCACAGUUACGAAAUGAGCAGCGUUGCAGUAACCGGAGCAUCGGGCUACGUCGCCACAUGGCUCGUCAAAUUCCUGCUCCAGAAAGGCUAUACCGUCAAGGCAUCCGUUCGUAACCCCAAUAAUGCAAAGAAGACUGAGCACUUGCUUGCACUUGAUGGAGCCAAGGAGAGACUUCACUUGGUGAAAGCAGAUCUACUGGAAGAAGGCUCCUUUGACUCUGUAGUUGAUGGCUGUGAAGGUGUUUUCCAUACUGCAUCUCCUUUCUUCAAUGACGUCACCGAUCCACAGGCAGAAUUGAUUGAACCUGCAGUGAAGGGAACACUGAAUGUUCUUGGGUCAUGUGCCAAAGCGUCGUCUGUGAAAAGGGUUGUUUUGACAUCGUCUAUAGCUGCAGUUGCAUACAAUGGGAAGCCUCUCAUACCUGAAGCCGUAGUUGAUGAGACGUGGUGGUCUUCACCAGAGUAUUGUGAACAGCUGCAGCUGUGGUAUGUUCUUUCAAAGACACUGGCUGAGGAUGCUGCUUGGAAGUUCGUCAAAGAGAAAGGUAUUGAAAUGGUUGCCAUAAACCCGGGAAUGGUGAUUGGUCCGUUAUUGCAGCCAACACUAAACGAAAGCUCUUCAAAUAUAUUGAACUUGAUAAAUGGUACAGAAACAUACCCAAAUUCUACUUAUGCAUGGGUAAAUGUCAAAGAUGUUGCUCAUGCACAUAUUUUGGCGUUUGAGAAUCCUUCAGCAAGUGGAAGAUAUUGUUUAGUGGAGAAUGUUGCACACUUCUCAGAAAUCGUCAAAAUACUACGCCAACUCUACCCUACUUAUAAACUUCCUGAAAAGUGUGCGGAUGACAAGCCGUUUGCACCGACGUUCCAGGUCAACAAUGAAAAAGCGAAAUCUUUAGGCGUCGAGUUCACUCCGUUCAAAGAAGGAAUCAAAGAAACCGUUGAAAGCUUGAAGGAGAAAAAUCUGUUUAAACCUCCUGUCUAAAUCCCCUCUUCCUCUUGUGCUCAAGGCUAUAUUUCUUACUAUAUGUGAGUAUCCUAUCCUAUGUUUACUAAGCAACAUAAAACCCUCAAAUUUCUACUUGUAAUAUAAUGUAAUAAUUUGAAUUUGGGGGUUGAGCAUAAUGUUGUUGUUGGGUUGUAGAGAUUAAAAACCGCUACGAAUAUUGAUAGCCUUGAUUAUGUACUAUUGUUUUAUUUUGUUGUGA